GAAGGUAGUCGGAAGCGAUUGCGGUCACACUUAACCUCCGUAAAGCUCUGCGACAAACUUUUUUUUUUUUUUUUUUAACAGGCAUUAUUUUCAAAUUUCCCAUUAUAAAUACUUUUUGGUAAUUUGAGAUUGAAAAGAAUAAUUCCUACCUGAAAUGAAGCGAUCGCUACACAGGCGCGUGUGUAAUUUGACUGAGCACCAUCCAUAAUGUUUAAUUGCCACUGAUCUUUUCUGGUCUUUUCAGAUGGUAUUCCGUAGAAUAAUCUCUUUGAAUAUCUGUCUCGUCUGUUUUGACCACCAACAGCACAACAGGUCUCGGGUAUUGUAAAUAUUCUCCUCUGGUUCAACGUCUCCCACAAUGUCGAGCGGCUCUGUUUGACCGGCAAUAUGGCGCCGUGAAAACCGUGACGUCACGCGCACGAGCUCUGUAUAUGUGAUUAAGUAGCUGGGAAGUGCAAUAGGGACAUAGCCUGAAGUCAGAUCUACUCCAAAUGUCAGAAAAAUAAACCUCUGGCCCAACAAAGAUCGCCUCUGGCGCUAAACCUGUAAAUAAAAAACGAUAUUCUGUGGAAAUACAUCUCGGAUGGGUUCAAUCCACUGCAGUCCUGUAAUUCGUCAGGAGAGGUCGCCAUAUGACCAACACAACAACCGGUUCAACAGUCGGCAUUGUUGACGAAAACGAAGAAGAAAACCCCGGAGGUCCUUUCGCGGUGCAAAACAAGCCGAAGAAGAAAACACGGAAGUUGACAUCCACUAUCAGAACCUAAUGACAAUAUCAACAUUAUUAGCGGCUAAGGUCAUAUUCAUACGUUUAGGUUGAGUGCGUUUUUCCCACUCCGCCUCAAAAUGGAAGAAGACGAUGAGAGGCUGCGGCCCUUGGUGUUUCUCAUGACGUACAUGCUGCUAAAACGCCGCAGGGACCUCAACAACACGGACGUGCAGCGGCGCAAUGAGAUCCAAAGACGCCUGCGACAGCGACAGUACUUCUUCCAGAGGCAGAGGAGAAUGAUGAUGAUGAUGAUAUCGGGCAGCAUUCGGUCCAACGCUCACAUCCGCACGCGGCCUUGGACCACCGUCCCCAGCACGGACUGGUGGGAGCGGGUCGUGAUGACAGAAUUCCAGCCGUCCGACUGGCUGGACAAGUUCCGGAUGAGCCGGGAGACCUUCUUCUACAUCUGCGACAAGCUGCGCUCCCGCCUGACGCGCCAGGACACCAGCUUCCGCCUGGCGCUGCCCGUGGAAAAGCGGGUGGCGGUGGCGCUCUGGCGCCUGGCGUCCAACGUGGAAUACCGCACCAUCAGCGCCCUGUUCGGCGUGGGCAAGUCCACUGUGUGCAAGUGCGUGCGGGACAUGUGUCACAGCAUCGUGGCGCUGCUCCGCGCCGACUACUUACGACCCCCCGCCGAGCCCGAGCUGGAGGAGUCGGCUCGGCUCUUCCUGUCCCAGUGGGGGUUCCCGCACUGCGUUGCCGCCGUGGCCACGCUGCACACGGCCAUCAUCACGCCGUCCAACAAUGCGUCCGACUACAUCAACCCCGCCGGCUGGCUCUCGGUGCUCUCUCAGGUGACCGUGAACGGUCGCGGGCAGAUCUGGGACAUGUGCGCCUGUUUCCCAGGCGGGAUCGAGCCGGCGGAGAUCUUGCAGAAGUCGUCGCUCUGGACCACGGCGGCAGAGGGAGGACUGUCGCCAGCGCCGCCGUCUUUCUUCAUGGGGAGACAACUCAGCUACGUGCUGCUGGGCGAGCCGUGCUACCCGCUCCAGAGCUGGCUCCUGAAGGCCUACCCGGAGAAGCGGGGCCCGCGGGCCAACCCGGCGACGCCCGGCGAGCGCCAAACCCUGUUCAACCGGCGGCUGCGGCGCGCCCGGCGCGUGGCCCAGGAGGCGCUGUUGCGGCUCAAGGCGCGCUGGCAGUGCCUGAGCAAGCGCAACGACUGCGGCCUGGACGUGGUGCCCACCAUGAUCCGGGCGUGCUGCAUCCUGCACAACGUGUGCGAGUCGCACGGCGACGCCUUCAACGGCGAGUGGCUGGCCGAGGUGGCCGAGGCGGAGGGCGCGCAGCCCGCCUACGCCGAGGCCGACGCCGACACGGAGCGGGGUUGGGGCGAGGAGGUGCGAGAGCUCUUCUGUGACUAUUUUCAACAGAAUGACUGACUCACGUGGAAGACCUCACAGCGGCGUGACAAACUUAUUUAUUGGCUCCCUCAUCCACUUCUUAUACCCUAUUUUUGCACUUUCCCCACUUUAAUGUUUGAGAUGAAUGUAAAUAUCCAACAAGUAUUACCUAGUUGACCUCAAAUCCACUAUUUUAUUUUUUUUUUUUUAAAGAAAAUGAAUGUUACAUGGUCCAAAGACAUUUCAGAACAGUUGAGGAAUAAAUUAACGGACGUCUUUCAGUCUGGAAAAGGUUACAAAAGUCAUUUCUAAAGAUUUACAAUUCCAGCGAACAGGAGAGCUAUGUAUAUCCAUGCAUCCAUUUUCUGAGCUGCUUAUCCUCACAAGGGUCACGGGAGUGCUGGAGCCUAUCCAAUCUGUCAUCGCGCAGGAGGCGGCGCACGCUCUGAACUGGAUGCCUGUGGCUUUAAGACAUUUUUGGGGCCUCCUUUGAACGAUCAUGAUGCAACGCCAACGUGCCAAAUGUUUAAUUUUUAAGUGCAAUUCUUGUGAAAAGAGCCGGAGUCCGAUUUAUUUCUAAUUUAUAUGAGAUACAUUAUGGAUGAGGUGGUCCCAGCCCCGCCUGUGUGGAGUUUGCGUGUUCUCCCCGUGCCUGCGUGGGUUUUCUCCGGGUGGGCGCUCCGGUUUCUUCCCACAUCCCAAAAACAUGCAGCAUUAAUUGGACACUCUAAAUUGCCCCAAGGUGCGAUUGUGACUGUCUCUCUGUGCCCUGCGAUUGGCUGGCGACCAGUUGAGGGCGUACCCCGCCUCCUGCCCGUUGACAGCUGGGAUAGGCUCC